GUGACUUGAGGAAAAGUACAAUUCACGGAAACUCUUGUUUUUUUUUUUCCCUCCUCCUUACCGGAACUUUAAAACUAUUUACGGAUACGGUGAAAGAUUCCAGGGACUGGAUACAUUUUAUCGGAAAGACUUGGUUCCGCGGUUCACCUCUUCACUCCAGCGGAGGAUUAUUAUUACCCAUGAUUCCGCGCCGCCCUUGCGAAAAACACUGGCGGAUUCAGGCGUUUCAGUGGAGCGAAGGGGUAGUCGCUAAGAUGUCAGAAAGUAGUCUGCGUUGCGCCGCUUGCUCAGGAGCAGCAGGAGAUUGGUAGGAAGUGUAAUAAGGAGCCAGCGAAUGUUCUGCGUAUCCCGUCAUCCCUCUCGCGCUUUGCUUCUCCUGUUGAGUGUCUGAAACUUUCCCACUAGGCAAGCCGAGUCUUUUUUCCUCUGCGCUGCUGAGUCCUAGUUCCAGUCGCUCCGUGCGCCUGACAGUUGAAAGCCAUUAACUAUUUAACUGGCACUUGGAUCCCUUGUCGUGUCUCUACGGCGGAGAAAAAGGAGCAGAAUGAACACGAACAUCAUAUACGCCGGCAGGAAGAGGAGAAAACCCGUCCAGAAAAUAAUUAAGCCAACACAGGCUGAAAGUGUCAAGUCCAACCCAUCUAAGAGGCACAGAGAUCGCCUGAACACUGAGCUGGAAAGAUUGGCAAGCCUGCUUCCAUUCCAAGAGGAGAUAAUAUCAAAACUUGACAAGCUUUCCGUGCUUAGACUCAGUGUUAGCUAUUUAAGGGCCAAGGGUUUCUUUGAAGCGGCGCUGCAGCAGAGCAAGACAGAUGGUAACGGCAGAACACAAAAGCAGGCCGAAUUGCGCUCGCUGGAAGGUGAACUCUUGUUGCAGGCUCUGAAUGGAUUUGUCUUGGUGGUUGCCUCUGAUGGCUUGGUCUUUUUUGCAUCUUCCACUAUUCAGGACUAUUUGGGUUUUCAGCAGUCUGAUGUAAUUCACCAAAGUGUUUAUGAGUUAAUACAUACCGAGGAUCGACUUGAGUUCCAACGUCAGCUUCACUGGGCUUUUGACCCAGCUCAUCCCUCAAGCUCUGUUCAGAGAUCCCCAGAUGAAGAGUUCUCAGCACUCAAUUGCUAUAAACCAGAACAACUCCCUCCUGAAAAUUCUUCCUUCAUGGAAAGGAAUUUUGUCUGCAGGUUAAGAUGCCUUCUGGAUAAUUCUUCUGGAUUUCUGGCAAUGAACUUUCAAGGUCGUCUGAAGUUUCUGCAUGGACAGAAUAAAAAAGGGAAAGAUGGGUCAAUACUUCCUCCACAGCUAGCCCUUUUCACUUUGGCUACUCCACUACAGUCUCCUUCAAUCCUGGAGAUCCGAGCCAAAAACUUCAUUUUCAGAACCAAGCACAAAUUAGACUUCACACCAAUUGGUUGUGAUGCCAAAGGCAGCAUGGUGCUGGGAUAUACAGAAGCUGAGCUAUGUGUGAGAGGAACCGGAUACCAAUUUAUUCAUGCUGCAGAUAUGCUCUAUUGUGCAGAGAAUCAUACCCGAAUGAUCAAGACCGGGGAAAGUGGCAUGACUGUGUUUAGACUACUUACUAGAGAUACUGGAUGGGUCUGGGUUCAAGCAAACGCUCGACUAGUCUACAAAAAUGGGAGACCGGAUUAUAUCAUUGCAUCACAAAGAGCACUAACAGAGGAAGAAGGAGCAGAACAUCUGCGGAAGAGAAGUGGAAAACUGCCCUUCCUUUUAACAACUGGCGAGGCAGUUCUUUAUGAAUCUUCAUUUCCUCUACAAACCAUUAUGGAGGUCGCACCAACUAAAGCAAAGGCAACAUCCGCCAAAGGCAGUUCUUCCAAAAAUGAGCCACCGGUUAAGCCAUCCUCGCUCUUGGGGGCUAUGAUGAGACAGGAUGAGUCUGUUUACAGUUGUCCACCAGCAUCAAAAAUAUUUUCUUUUGACAACUAUUUUCAAGAUCUCCGAAGUGAACUAAGCAAUAACUUUACCAGUAGUCAGCCAGAGAAUUGUUUACCAGUAAUAAAUAACAAUUUAAAGCUUGAAGGAGCAGCUUGUUCCCUGGGGAAUUUGGCACAUACCUCUGAUUGUUCAGAAGUGUUUCCUGAAAGCAAAAAUAAUGAACUUUAUAAUAUUAUGAAUAGUCUUGGCAUUGAUGUUGAUGACUUGGAAAUGAUCCAGCAGGAUGAAGCAUUUUUUAGGAAUGAAUUUGAUUAUUCCGAACUUAGUGAUAUUGAUGUGGCAGAUGAAAUACUGACUUAUGUUCAAGAGACUCUAAACAAAAAAACAGACUGUAUGUUUAUGAACAAUGCCCAGCCAAUGCCUUGUGUACCAGAGCCGUCCAGUAUAACACCGAAUCCUAUGAAUCCACCUCAAAUACAGCACCCAAGCAAAAUGAUGCCCCAACAGCUGAGUCAACAAAUGAAACACAUGCAAGUCAAUGGCAUGCUUACAAACUGGAAUUCUGUGAACAAUGUACCUCCAACUUUUCAAGAGCAGCAGUGCGAGCGAUACAAUGUUUCCAGUAUAAAUGACAUGACUCAUGAACUUUACAAAUCUGCACUUAGCAGUGCUCCCUAUGCUUGCAAGCAAGAGUAUAUGCCUUAUCAGGAGCCUUCAAACCUUACACAGAUGGACUUUGAUCUUGGAAAUGUGGAAAGAUCUGUUUAUACUAAUCCUACAAAUUUGGAGGGGUUUCUGGAAUGUUUACCACAGAACUCUGGAAUCCAAGAAUGUGGAUUAGAUUCCCAGACCCUCAUGGUGACUCCUCAGUCUUGCUAUUCUGGUGCUGUAUCAAUGUAUCAGUGCCUACCUGAAUCAUCCCCGGCAACGUGCCUGAAUCAAAUGCAAUAUAAUGCAGUCAUGGCAGCUCAGCAGCCGCUAUUAAACAAGUUCCAAACUGGAUUUAACGGAGGCACUAUUAAUGAAACAUAUGCUGCACCAGUGGAUAUUGUAAACAGUUCCCCAGCUGGUAACCAUCUUCCACCUCAUCACCUCCACCAUCACCUAGCCGAUUCCAAACAUUUCCCUGAUCUGCAACCAAGUGGAUUUAUGUAAAGAAAUGUGAGGAGAGCAGCAUUUUUUUGCUCAGAUAAGUUUUUCUGCUGGCCUAAAGAACAGACUUCAUACUGAAAAUGCUUUAAAAGCUUUAUCACAUCCUAAAACAAAAUGUUUAUUUAGGCUAAAUGCACUUUGUAAGCCGGAGAAGCUGAAGGCUAAUAUGAUUUGCUAGGGCUGGCCAGGCCUGGAUUUGGAGAGCGCUUAUUCCCUUCCUCCUUUCUUUCAGUGGAGUUUAAGUAUGUGUAUUUUUUCAAUACAUGUGUGUAAUAUAUAUUUUAACCAGUUAAAACAUAAGAUAAGGCAAAUGUUUUUUGUUAACCCUUCACCGCUGUGUAAUCAAAUUGCUUAACUCUAAAGCACUUCGGGCCAAAAAUCGAAAUGCUUGGUACACUUUUAUUUAUGUAAAGAGACCGUGAAAUAUGCGUGGACUUUCCAAGAAAUAGAAUGAUUUCUACAAUAUCAUGAUCGUGUAACUACAGCACUUAAUUCAAGCAGCAGUUGUGUGCAUUAUCUGAAACUGGCAGGUCAGUUUACUAUGCAUCUUGAAUUGCACUAUACCAUCGAAAAAGCAGAGUAAAAUGUUUUUCAUCCAC